AAUGGAAUGGUACCAAUCGUUUUGGGUGCCUACAAAGAGGACUACGAGAAUGUUCUUCCACCUCAUUCCUACAUCAACGUGGAUGACUUUGACUCUAUUCAGGAACUUGCUGAGUACCUUCAGUUCUUGGACAAGAAUGACACUGCUUACGCACAAUAUUUUGCUUGGACUAAACAUGGUCGAAUUAUCGUAAAUUCUGAUUCAGAUAAGAUCUUUGGCAGCUUGUUUAAAACACACGUUUCUCUCAAAGUUUACUGCGAAGAAAAAAUCACCGUCUCCAUUGAAUUAUUAGAAUUAAUGUACGUGCCAAUUCUUCUCAUCGCGACUAUUAUCAGUAGUAAACUACUCGUAUCAAGUCACACUGGAAUGGUACCAAUCGUUUUGGGUGCCUACAAGGAGGACUACAAGAAUGUUCUUCCACCUCAUUCCUACAUCAACGUGGAUGAAUUUGACUCUAUUCAGGAACUUGCUGAGUACCUUCAGUUCUUGGACAAGAAUGACACUGCUUACGCACAAUAUUUCGCUUGGACAAAACAUGGCCCAAUUAUCGUAAAUUGCGAAACUGAUGUUGAACAGACCUGA